GCCUUUCCUCUUCUCGCCCAAUUCGCCGUUCUGAACCCUAAUAAUUUCUCUCCCCUUUCAUACGCCCUGAUUUUCACUUCUUUCCCUUUCGAAAAUUUUACUAGGAAAAUCUACAAUUUUCCAGGAAAUUUUCGAACUAGAUCAGGAAAGGGGAAACCAUUUACUUAUCGAUAAAUUUUUCCUUUUUUCUGUUCCUUCUUUUUUUUUUUUUUUGGCUCAUGGAUUCAAACCCCUUCUUCCCUUUCGAUGAUUCUUCAUUCCCACUACUUCGAAUAGAUCCUGUUGAAAAUUUUUAAUUUUUCCUAGAACCCAAUUUUUUGAUUUCUUUUUUAAUGGACCCAAAGCAGCUGGUUUUCGGUAUCAGCUCCGACGAGGAGGCGCCGACAUGGGAGGAUAUGAUCGGCGAUGACGACAAUUGGUUUACGGAAGUUCUUGGUGCCGUUGAUAUGGGAUUCGACGAUCCUGAUGAGGUCGUGUUUGUUCGUGAGGUCAAGCCCAGCAAGAAGUCGAAACCCUCGAAACUAAGAAGUCAGGUUUUUGAUGACAACGAUGAUUGUUUUGUUCUGAAUGGCGACCCGCGUAAACCUCUGGAUGUUUCUAAUGAAGAGGAAGAGGACGAAGAUGAGUUGCAGAUCGUGGGACAAAAUGGGGAGAUUGCAUGCAGAGAUUUACCCCAUUCGCGGCACUUAUGUGCUAAAUUCAAGUUCAGUUCCACUCCGCAUGAAAAGCACUGCGAACUGUGCCACUGUUAUGUCUGUGACACACAUGCACCAUGCGUCUAUUGGGGCUCUGGCACCUCUAACACCAAUGACCAUUGCCAUGCUACUGAUGAAGAAGAGAGAUGGAACACUUUGCGGAAAAGCUUCAGGACCGGGAAAAAUGCCCCCAUGCCAGUUUCAAAUUUUCCUCUCACGCCUCCUAUGGAAGCAGCCCAUCUUAAUGAUGUUCCACUUAGUGACGUUACCCAUGUGGCACCCCGCUCCACUUCCCAGAAUCAAGUCUCAAGCCCAGUUGCACAGGAUCAAGUCUCAAGGCCAAUCCCACUGAAUCGAGUCUCAUGGUCAACCCCACAGAAUCAAGUCUCAAGGCCAAUUACAAUCCCUGCUGGAAACUUCAUGCCACAGAAUCAGAUAUCAAGGUCAACCACUGUUCAUGCUUGCUCUUCCCCCAACAGAGAUAACACCCGAAAUAGUAUGAGCCAGACUGGAAGCCGGCAAUCACAAAUACAAGAAUUGGUCUCUAAAAGGAUCAAAUUGCAGUCAUGUCCACGAUUAGUUUCACAACGUUUGCUUGGUCCGCGUAGUACUUCCAUCCAAAAAGAUCGAGGUCAAGGUAUUGAUAUGGUUUCACAGUUUUUCUCUUCCAAUACAAUGCCUAAAAGGGUAAAUGGUGGAGUGGCUGCAGCUACAGCAGUGAACCGAACUGCUUAUGGCUCAUCAGAAAGCAUUACUUCUCAUGCAGCACAGCAUGCCCCAAAUUCAGCUGCAGUAGCUACAACAAAUGACAGCAAUCCCAUUGGAUGGGAGAAUUUAGGUUCUGCCACAACCCCAGAGAUGUAUAUGGUUCAGAGCUCCUCACAGGUUAACAUGGGCAGUGUCUUCACAAAUACAGCACCUUCUCAGCCUGCAUUGUAUAGCCAGCCCAUUCCUCAAUCAAAUGGUGACCAAAGCAUCAAUCUCUGUGGGGGUUUUCCGGAUUUUGACUUUGGAUUGGUUAACAAUAGCGGCCAAAGUGACCAUCAACCUCCAACUGAGAUUGUUCAGUUGCAAACCACCGGUUCCACAAAUGAGCAACUAUCAAUCAAGGAGUUUGAUAAUUGUACUAGAUUCCAUUUUGAAGACGACCUUAACUUCCUUUUUGAUUUUGAGGACCAACCCUUUCCAGUGGUUCAAGAUGGUUGCAUACCUCCAGAACCUCCAGAACCUGUAUCAUUCGAUACUGGUAUGAGAUUAUUUGAUUUUGAACCACUUGGCCUCACAUGACACAUACAUGGCUGAUUUAGGUUGCUUGUGCAUUCUUAAAAGAAGAAAAUCUGUUUCUUGCGGCUUGCAAACAAGAACAUUAUUUGUUGGGAGAGACGGUUUGCUUUUGUUUGAGUUUUAACUGUAUCAUAGAAGUUCAGUAUAAUUUAGGCUAUAGGGUAUGUACAAAUUGGUAAAGGGCUGAGAGGCUGUUUCUCUGUUUUGAAAAUUUUAUGAAUCCAAUAAAAAUUGUUUCGGUGA